AUGUGUUCAAAACGGUGUUUCGUUUUACUAGUCCUGUGCGUAAUCGACAAAUCAUUUUCGAAAUUGUUUGAAUCCGAGGAAAUUGUACCUGUCAGGAUAAAUGGAAGAAGCAGCCGUCGUUUUUCGAAGCGAAGUGAAGAACAGCCGAGGUUUAGACUCAGUGCCUUUGGCCGAGAUUUCACUUUGAAUUUAAGCCCGGAUAACAGUUUCUUAUCUCCUACACUGACAAUUCAACGCAUCAAAGCAAAAGAUAUCCACACUUUACGCAGCGCCUCAGGUGCCCAAGGGAGAUACACUUCAUCUGAUGCUGAAACUGAAACUGACUUUCACAACUUGAUAAACAAGACUGAGGAAAUGGAAAGAGAUUUGAGAAGCUGUUUUUACUCGGGGACUGUGGACUCCAACCAAGAUUCUGUUGUUGCGGUCAGUAUCUGUUAUGGCAUCCUUGGAUCGUUUGUUACAGACGGGGAUGAGUAUUUAAUUGAGCCCAAAGUGCUCGGCUCAGGGAGAAGGGAGAGGUCCACUGAACAGUUACAUUUUAUCAAAAGAAGGUCAGCCACAGAAGCACCAAAUAACACUCAAACUGUCUUUGAUCAACUGAGUGAGGAGAGUCGUGUAAAAGCAGACAAGGAAAGUUUUAUGCAUGAGGAAAAAGAUCCUGAGAGACAAUUACGAGGGAAACGCUUUGUAUCAGCACCACGAUUUAUUGAAACGCUGGUGGUUGCAGACAUGUCGAUGACACAUUUCUAUGGAGAUGAGAUAAAGGUAGGAUAUAUUCGAUUAUUCGAUUAAUAUAGCCCAUGCUGAUUCAUUUAUUUGAUUGCAUUUAACAAAAAUGAAAGUGCCAUACUGUCACCAAAUUCUGUAUUGAUAAUUUACAACACUGGAAUUGUAAUGACACUUGUGUUGUGCACAAAAACUGGUUGAAUCAAAGUUGUUUCCACAUAAUGUAAACCAAAAAAAUCAAUGUGAUGACUUUGAAUCAACGUGGAAAACUGAUUAGAUUAGCAAAAAGUCGAUGUAAGGGCAUUUCCUUUUUUUCCCCCACCCAACUUUUAACCUACAGUGCCAGUCAAAAGUUUGGACAAACUACUCAUUCAAGGGUUUUCUUUAUUUUUACUAUUUUCUACAUUGUAGAAUAAUACUGAAGACUUCAAAACUAUGAAAUAACACAGAUGGAAUCAUGUAGUAACCAAAAAAGUGUUAAACAAAUCAAAAUAUUUUAGAUUUUAGAUUCUUCAAAGUAACCACCCUUUGCCUUGAUGACAGCUUUGCACACUCUUGGCAUUCUCUCAUCCAGCUUCACCUGUUGGCUGCUUUUCCUUCACUCUGCGGUCAACUCAUCCCAAACCAUCUCAAUUGGGUUGAGGUCGGGUGAUUGUGGAGGCCAGGUCAUCUGAUGCAGCACUCCAUCACUCUCCUUCUUGGUCAAAUAGCCCUUACACAGCCUGGAGGUGUGUUGGGUCAUUGUCCUUUUGAAAAACAAAUGAUAGUCCCACUAAGCACAAACCAGAUGGGAAUGCUGUGGUAGCCAUGCUGGUUAAGUGUGCCUUGAAUUCUAAAUAAAUCACAGACAGUGUCACCAGCAAAGCACCCCCACAACAUCACACACCCUCCUCCAUGCUUCACGGUGGGAACCACACAUGUGGAGAUCAUCCGUUCACCUAUUAUGCGUCUCACAAAGACACAGCAGUUGGAAACAAAAAUCUCAAAUUUGGACUCAUCAGACAGAUUAAAGGACAGAUUUCCACCAAUCUAAUGUCCAUUGCUCGUGUUUAUUGGCCCAAGCAAGUCUCUUAUUCUUAUUGGUGUCCUUUAGUGGUUUCUUUGCAGCAAUUCGACCAUGAAGGCCUGAUUCACGCAGUCUCCUCUGAACAGUUGAUGUUGAGAUGUGUCUGUUACUUGAACUCUGUGAAGCAUUUAUUUGGGCUGCAAUUUCUGAGCCUGGUAACUCGAAUGAAUUUAUCCUCUGCAGCAGAGGUAACUCUGGGUCUUCCUUUCUUGUGGCGGUCCUCAUGAGAGCCAGUUUCAUCAUAGCACUUGAUGAUUUUUGCGACUGCACUUGAAGAAACUUUCACAGUUCUUGAAAUUUGCCGGAUUGACUGACCUUCAUGUCUUAAAGUAAUGAUGGACGGUUGUUUCUCUUUGCUUAUUUGAGCUGUUCUUGCCAUAAUAUGGACUUGCUCUUUUACCAAAUAGGUCUAGCUUCUGUAUACCCCCCUACCUUGUCACAACACAACUGAUUGGUUCAAAUGCAUUAAGAAGGAAAUACAUUUCACAAAUUAACUUUUAACAAGGCACACCUGUUAAUUGAAAUGCAUUCCAUGUGACUACCUUAUGAAGCUGGUUGAGAUAAUGCCAAGAGUGUGCAAAGCUGUCAUCAAGGCAAAGGGUGGCUACUUUGAGGAAUCUCAAAUAUAAAAUAUAUUUUGAUUUGUUUAACACUUUUUUUGGUUACUACAUGAUUCCAUAUGUGUUAUUUCAUAGUUUUGAUGUCUUCACUAUUAUUGUACAAUGUAGAAAAUAGUAAAAAUAAAGAAAAACCCUGGAAUGAGUAGGUGUCCAAACCUUUGACUGGUACUGUAAAUCCAAUGACAUGGUGACAUUUGUUGUUGAUUUCACAUUGAAUUCACUGUUGGUUGACAACUCAACCAAAUGUAAAUCAAAACUAGACGUUGAACAGACAUCGGUGCCCAGUGGGACGUCUUCUAAACAGGCUAGUUCAAGGUUGAAAUUCAAUCCAACAACCAAUGCGGAAACACCCACAGCCAAAAUGCUUUAAAGAAAAACGAAUUUCUGUUUCAAUUGAAAAUAAUUAUAGCCUAUAUUUUGGGUGCAGGAACAAUGUUUCUGCUCUGCUCUGUUAUGCAAGACUAGGCUCUCCACACUUGCUGUUUAUCUGAUAUGCAUGGCGUAAACUAAGUUGGAGUAAUGAGAUCAUUUAAAAAGUAAGAGGUCAUAGUGAGUAAUGAUGGGAUUGGGAAACCUCUGAUAAGGUCAGGCAGGAGAAUUAUGCUUUGGCAGUAAUUUCGUUCCACAUUCCUUAUGACUUGCUACUAGCAUCAUCACCAUUAAACAAUGUUGGGGUCAUCCAAAUGAUAAAGAGCAUGUGAGAAUUAGACAUUUUUAAAGAUACUUCCUUAUAUAUAUAUAUAUAUAUAUAUAUAUAUAUAUGUAUAUGUAUAUGUAUAUGUGUGUGUGUGUUUAAUUCCAGUCUGGCUGUUAUUUCACUCACUUAGUUUUAGGAUUUUAGCCCAAAUCAUCACCACCAGUGUUGCCUUGUAAGCCUCCCUAAUAUCUAACUGCCUGUUGUCCUCCCUUGCUCCAGCACUAUAUCCUUACCUUGGUCUCUGUGGCUGCCCAGCUUUACAAACAUCCCAGUAUCAAGAACUCUGUCCACAUGGUGGUGGUGAAAAUGGUGGUGGUGGAAGACGAGGAGGUUGGACCGUCACUCUCCAAUAACGGAGGAGUCGCUCUGCGGAAUUUCUGUGCCUGGCAACAGCAGUUCAACCCGGCCAGCCAGAGGCAUCCUGAGCACUAUGACACUGCUCUACUUUUCACCCGAGAGGUGAGCACUGUCUGCCCCAUAUGUAUACUGUUACAAUGUCACAGGAUCUCCCCAACCCCUUAUUCCAUAACCAUAUUACCGUAUGGUUUGGAGAGUUAAUGAAAUAAUGUAAGCAAACAGUGAUAUAUUUGAUUAUGUAUCCUCUAAUGAAAUACAAUUGCCUGUGUCAAUGAAUCAGAUUGGAUGAGCUUUGAAACCUAUAGGGCUAAAGGGCUCUCCUAUGAGCUAUUUUUAGAAUGGUUACAAAUCAGCCUUGAGUGACGAUGACAUCCCUUAAAAUGGCCAGGGUAUGGGUGUAAUGUUGCUGCCCUGAAUUUGACCUGCCAAAGAAUGUGUGCCACAUGCCUCGCCAUAAGAUAAACCAAAAACUUGAAACUUAAAUUGGAAGUAGUUUGCACAUGCGGUCUCCAGUGAGUGAUGCUUCUGCAAAACAAGGUGUACACAUGCUGAGUUGAAUUCAGCAUGUCGCUCUAAGUCCAGAUGUCCUUUGAAUCAUGUACAGUUAUGUCUUGUGGUUUGGGUCAUAGGCCCCAGGAAACAUUUAUCUCAGUCACAGAGAGCCAGCCUGACAUGUGAAGGGAAAAUGUUGAGGCAUGUUGUUGAAAUAUAUCUCUGAUACCACACCAUUAAUUUCCCCACAUCAUAGAUCUGCUUCUGUCUGCCAGGAAUAUUUAUUUGCUUCAUUUUAUGAUGGAAACAUUGACAAACAAGUUUUUUUGGCAUAAGCUCUCUAAUGAAAAUAGAAAAAAAACAACCAGGGACAAAUAGAAACGCUGUCUAAAGAUUCACUGUUUGAAACCGCUGCUGUCUGUCUUCCAGGAUAUUUGUGGACAUCAGAGUUGUGACACCCUAGGGGUUGCUGAUGUGGGAACCAUGUGUGAUCCAAAAAGGAGUUGCUCUGUCAUUGAGGACAAUGGACUUCAAGCAGCCUUCACUGCUGCCCAUGAACUUGGUAUGACUUGUGCAUUAAAAAAAAUCAACUUUCUCAAACUUCUAUAUUGACCAUGUAUAAAGAUACUAUAGGUCUACAUACAUUUUGCCUCUUGUCAAAAAUGGUCCGCUAAAUGCACAGACAUAUUGUCCACAAAUAACUUCAUUUGGACAGAAAGGGGCACACCCAUGAGCCGAAAGCUUAUGCAAAAGUUUGUUAGCCUACAACUAAUAAUUGUGUGGUUUAAUGAGAUAAGAACUUGAUAUGAACCAUACAGUCAACCCCCAAGCCUAAUGUAGAUGUAAACUAUUAGUAACUUUACUUCCAUAGCGUACCUUAAAUAGCUUUAAUUUAAUUUGAAGGGGUUUUCAGGAUCCCUCUUUCGUCCCAUGAUCGGUACUGAAUACUGAUACAGUAUUGUUCUCCUUUAGGCCAUGUGCUGAGUAUGCCACACGACGACUCCAAGAAUUGCGAGAGGAUGUUUGGGAAUCUAGGCGGCCAUCACAUGAUGGCCCCUCUGUUCGUUCACCUCAACAAGACUUUCCCCUGGUCCCCUUGCAGUGCUCUCUACAUCACAGAGUUCUUUGACAAUGGACACGGUAUGUCAUGCUGAUAAACAACACUGACAACUCUGAUAUAGGCAAAUAAAACUUAUUUGGUAACACUUUCUAUGAGGAAAGUGUUAGAAAGUGUUUAUCUUUAUUGAAAGUUUUUAAUUGAUUUGAUAUUACAAUAACUUUUUUUUUUACAACUAUUGUACUUGUUUUAUUCUACUGCAAUAUCUGAAUACUGUAUGUUGAGGUCAGAAGGCUGGACGUGAAUGAAAAAUUAAACUCAGCAGUUGCUGGUAGCGCCAUUUUUACUAGAGCCUUCUAGGUCUGUGUUUACUAGAGCCUUCUAGGUCUGUGUUUACUAGAGCAUUCUAGGUCUGUGUUUACUAGAGCAUUCUAGGUCUGUGUUUACUAGAGCAUUCUAGGUCUGUUUUUACUAGUGCCUUCUAGGUCUGUUUUUGCUAGAGCCUUCUAGGUUAAAUCACUCUGUUAUGAGGGCCCAGUUUUCAAUUCUGUAUUUUCUUUUACAAUGUCUACCCGCUUAAACAAAUUAUGGCCUCUGAAAAUGACAAUAAAUACGCCAGGAGAAGUUACUUAUUGUAAGACAUUAUAAAGGCUCAUAAUGCUUAUAACAUGUUAUAAAGCAUUAUACAUGCAGGCUUCACAAGUGUUCACAAUGUUACCUCCACCUGUAGUUUCUCACCUCAGGUUUGCUUAUAUGCAAAAGACUCUCUGCAGUUGCAUUCGGAAAGUAUUCAGACCCCUUCCCUUUUUCCAUAUUUUGUUACGUUACAGCCUUAUUCUAAAAUGGUUUCAAAUUUUUUAAAUCCUCAUCAAUCUACACACAAUACCCCAUAAUGGCAAAGUGAAAACAGGUUUUUAGAAAUGUUUGCAAAUGUAUGAAAAAUAAAAAACAGAUACCUUAUUUACAUAAUUAUUCAGACCCUUUGCUAUGAGACUUGAAAUUGAGCUCAGGUGCAUCCUGUUUCCAUUGAUCAUCCUUGACGUUUCUACAACUUGAUUGGAGUCCACCUGUGGUAAAUUCAAUUGAUUGGACAUGAUUUGGAAAGGCACAAACCUGUCUAUAUAAGAUCCCACAGUUGACCGUGCAUGUCAGAGCAAAAACCAAGCCAUGAGGUCGAAGGAAUUGCACGUAGAGCUCCGAGACAGGAUUUUGUCGAGGCACAGAUCUGGGGAAGGGUACCAAAACAUUUCUACAGCAUUGAAGGUCCCCAAGAACACAGUGGCCUCCAUCAUUCUUAAAUGGAAGAAGUUUGGAACCACCAAGACUCUUCCUAGAGCUGGCCGCCCGGCCAAACUGAGCAAUCGGGGGAGAAGGGCCUUGGUCAGGGAGGUGACCAAGAACCCAAUGGUCACUCUGACAGAGCUCCAGAGUUCCUCUGUGGAGAUUGGAGAACCUUCCAGAAGGACAAACAUCUCUGCAGCACUCCACCAAUCAGGCCUUUAUGGUAGUGGCCAGACGGAAGUCACUCCUCAGUAAAAGGCACAUGACAGCCCGCUUGGAGAAUGCCAAAAGGCACCUAAAGACUCUCAGACCAUGAGAAACAAGAUUCUCUGGUCUGAUGAAACCAAGAUUGAACUCUUUGGCCUGAACGCCAAGAGUCACUUCUGGAGGAAACUUUGCACCAUCCCUAUGGUGAAGCAUGGUGGUGGCAGCAUCACGCUGUGGGGAUGUUUUUCAGCGGGAAAGAUGAACGGAGCAAAGUACAGAGAGAUCCUUGAUGAAAACCUGCUCAGGACCUCAGACUGGGGUGAAGGUUCACCUUCCGACAGGACAACGACCCUAAGCACACAGCCAAGACAACGCAAGAGUGGCUUUGGGACAAGUCUCUGAAUGUCGUUGAGUGCCCAGCCAGAGCCCGUACUUGAACCCGAUCUAACAUCUCUGGAGAGAUCUGAAAAUAGCUGUGCAGCGACGCUCCCCAUCCAACCUGACAGAGCUUGAGAGGAUCUGCAGAGAAGAAUGGAAGAAACUCCCCAAAUACAGGUGUGCCAAGCUUGUAGCGUCAUACCCAAGAAGACCCGAGGCUGUAAUCGCUGCCAAAGGUGCUUCAACAAAGUACUGAGUAAAGGGUCUGAAUACUUAUAUAAAUGUGAUAUUUCAGUUUAUUUAAAUUUUUAAUACAUUUGCAGAAAUGUCUAAAAACCAGUUUUUGCUUUGUCAUUAUGGGGUAUUGUGUAAUAGAUUGAUGAGAAAACCCCCCACAUUUUAAUCAAUUUUAGAAUAAAGCUGUAACGUAACGAAAUGUGGAAAAGGUCAAGGGGUCUGAAUACUUUCCGAAUGCACUGUACAUUGGAGACAUCCUAGGGAAAUUAGAGAUUGGCUGCCAGAUUUUGUGCUAUACUACUUAUAGCUGAAAUUGGGCGUGAAUGGCAAUGUGUUUGUUAUUUGAAGAGAUUAAUAUUAUUUUGUAACAUUUAAUCAAGACCUUCCUUUCCUCUGAGUCACACAUACAGAGAUGGUUUCAGUUCUCACGAGCAUAAAGUAACAGCUGUUACAAGCAAAUGUUCUUUAUCAGUUAGUCAGUGAUUCCAAAGAGAACGUAUGUGGCUAAGAAUGUGGUCUGAUCACUGGGUCAAGAACAACAUCACACUAAAGCUCAUUGAACAUUUCUCCAAAUAGGAGAUCAUGGGUUUGCGAAGCUUCACAAGCUGUCCAUAAUGUGAUUGUGUGAAGACUCCAACAAAGUCAGCUUCUGUCACAGUCACUGUCAAAUCUCCACAAUAUACAACCUUUAGAUUUAAAAAAACAGAACUCUUGUGUGUUGAAUCACAGGGGACUGCCUCUUGGAUCCACCGGAGAGCAUCUUACCGUUACCCAGUGAACUCCCAGGCACCACAUACAGCCUCGACCACCAGUGCCAGCAGAUGUUUGGGGAGGAGUUUGUGCACUGCCCCAACACCUCUGACAGUGACGUCUGCAGCCAGCUGUGGUGCAGGGAGGAAGGAAAGCCCCACUGCACUACCAAAAACGGCAGCCUCCACUGGGCGGAUGGCACCACAUGCGCCACCAAAAGGAGCUGUCUGCACGGUGCAUGCAUGGCAGACCACGAGGUCAUGCAGCCAAAGGUAAGCCCAAGUUUUUCUCAGAAAAGGGGAGGAAAGAAUUAUCCCAUAUUUGGUCUUGUAAUAUUGCAUUUUGACACAAACUCUGUCUCAGAAUGCCUUGUUAGUUACUAUACUGUAUGUGUAUUCAUUUAUCUGUGAUAGAGUAUUUCCUUCCUGCGUUGUAAGGAAGACCGUCCUUUUGAGAGUACAAGCUCUUUAGCAUGUGUCAAUAAACUCUAUUUAUAAAUUGACAUGCUGGCAGUUAAUAUACUUUUUGCUCACCCACUAAUAAAAGCAUUGUGAAUGCACACAUGCGCACAAACACACAGUUCACUUUAGUCUUGCCAAGUGCACCAUGGGUUCUGCAAGUGGUGAAAUGUAGGGCAGGAAUGUGGGAGACAGCAGACGCGUGCCACACUGACAGACACAUGGCAUGCCAAGAGACGCUGAAGCCUCAGCCUAGACUGUGGUUGAGCUGGACGGCUCAUGUUAUCAUGGCACUCAGUACUCACUCUGUUUCGUUUUGGCAUUACUACAGGUGGUUGAGGAUGGCGGCUGGGGCGCGUGGGGACCAUGGCAACAGUGCUCCAGGACAUGUGGAGGGGGUGUGGAGUUCUCCUACAGGGAGUGCACAGAUCCCGUGCCCCAGAACGGCGGCAAGUAUUGCGAGGGCCAGAGAGUCCAGUACCAGUCCUGCAACACCCAGGCGUGUGAGGAUAAUGAUGGUAAGCCAUAUUUUGUCUAGGUACUUGCACUACAGAAUUUCAUUAUUUUUUAUGUAAUGGUGAGCUAUAGUGAUGUUUUUAACCUAGAUUUUUUUAUUUUAUAUCUCUGCUUUGAUAUUAGUUUGAUGGAUAAUUUGCUUUGUCAUUUUCUCCAACCUUAGGGAAGAGUUUUAGAGAGGAGCAGUGUGAGAAGUACAACAGCUUCAACUAUCUGGAUAUUCUUGGGAACAUGAAGCAAUGGAUUCCAAAGUACACUGGUGUGUCGCCCCGGGACAGGUGUAAACUCUUCUGCCGGGCUAAAGGCAGCAGUGAAUUCAAAGUCUUUGAAGCCAAGGUACAUUCACUAAAAAUCAUCUGUAGAAUGUUGGCCACUGUAAAUAAAUAUUUUACAGCUUGCCUUCACUGUUUUGGUGAAUCACAGUGUUAAGUAAAUUGAGACCUCAGGUUUGCAUUUGUGCUCCAUAGGUUGUCGACGGCACCACAUGUGGUCCCGACACUACGUCUGUCUGUGUACAAGGCCAAUGUGUCAAGGCGGGCUGUGACCAAGAGAUCGGCUCCAACAAGAGGCUUGACAAGUGUGGCUUGUGUGGUGGCAAUGGCCUCAGUUGCAGGAAGAUCACUGGUUCAUACAACAAAGCCAUGUGAGUAUACCUAAAUAUUCCAACUACAAUUAUGCUAAUAAGCAUGUAUGACCCUAAUAUAAUGUCUUAGCUAUUAUCAUCUUAUUAUGAUCCAGACUAAAUAACAGUCAUAUUUAGACAGUAUUAUUGGUUGAUUGUCUUUUGUGCUGCCGAUGUGAUUACAGCUGUAAUGAGACAUUUGCUUUUUUCUUUCAGUUACGGAUAUAGCGACAUUGUGACCAUUCCUAUCGGGGCUACCAAUAUUGACAUCAAACAGCGCAGCCAUAGAAACAUCAAACACGAUGGAAACUACCUGGCGAUCAAGCAAGAGAGCGGUGGCUACAUACUGAAUGGUAACUUCUCUGUGUCCACAGUGGAGCAGGAUAUCCCUGUUCUUGGGGCUGUGCUGAAGUACAGUGGCUCGUCCACCACCUUGGAGAGAAUCCAGAGCUUCAGACAACUGAGGGAGGCUGUCACCAUCCAGUUGCUGGCCACUGCUGGGGAGGAAUCUCCACCCAAGGUCAAAUAUACAUUCUUUAUCCCCAAAGAUGUGUCUUUCACUAAAUCCAAAGAGAGAAAGGCUUCGUUGCAUAUGAUCCAGGCUUUCGGUGUGCCCCAGUGGCGUUUGGGCGAAUGGUCAGAGUGCUCCAAGAGUUGCGGCUCUGGGUGGUCCCGAAGGAACGUCGAAUGCAGAGACAAUGCUGGUUUCCAUUCCAAUACCUGCGAUAAGGACCUGAAACCGACCGAUAUCAGACCCUGUGCUGAUCUGCCGUGCCCCAUCUGGCAAAUGGGGCCUUGGUCGUCCUGUUCACGAACUUGUGGCCAGGGGGAACGCCGACGCAGUGUUGUCUGUAUAGACUACACCGGCAAGACUGUCGAGUCGGAGAUGUGUGACGCCAACAAGCAACCUGCGCCAGUGUCGGGAGAGUGUGUUUACCAAGAGUGCUAG